AAAGUAGAUCUAAUAUCCUGGUAAAAUCAAGGAUAAUCAUGUAUCUGAGCGUUAAACCUUGGAGAGUGAAAUCUUGAACCUUACUCAGUUUUCCCUCAACUCUCUCCCACACCUCUACCCUCAGCUAACCCCGGAUCAGUGCUGAUACGAAGGUAGAGUUGAAAGAAGAAACGAAGUUCUGACGUAGAUCGAUCGAUACCGAGGUUCAAGUUUAAGAGUAUAUUCAGAGAGAACAGUAGACAUGCACUGUACACCAUGGUUGGUAGCAUUCGGCUGUAUUCUUGCAAUUCAGGCAAAAAAAGAGAGUUUAGUGACUGAGGAGUUUCCUCUUCUUAUGCCUAAUGCAAAACCAGAUCUACCAGAAACAUACUUUUGUACACCAAUCAGGUUGGAUACAGACCUAACCUACUAUAUAGUCGGGUUUAGACCCAACGCAACCAAGAUGACAGCCCACCACAUGCUAGUUUAUGGUUGCGAGGAACCAGGAUCCAAGGAUCCUCUGUGGAACUGCGGAGAGAUGGCUGUAAAGCAACCAGGAUUAAAGACGCAUAAACCCUGUGGGUCUGGAGAUCAGAUUGUGUAUGCCUGGGGGAUGGAUGCUCCCUCCCUUGAGCUCCCAGCCGGAGUUGGAUUCAGGGUUGGUGCAGACUCCAGUAUCAAGUAUCUGGUACUCCAGGUUCACUAUGCUAGUAUUGACGAGAUCCCAGAGAAGGGAGAUGAUAGCGGUGUAUUCCUCCAGUAUACAGAGGAGCAGCAACCUAAAUCUGCUGGAGUACUUCUCCUAGGAACCGGAGGAUUUGCUCCUGCACAUUCAACAACAUAUUUUGAAACCUCCUGUGAGAUUGAGGAUACAAGAGAAAUCCAUCCUUUCGCUUUUAGGACACACACGCAUGGGCUAGGAAAGGUUGUAUCUGGAUGGAGGGUUCGGGAUAAGAAUAAUUGGAAACUGAUCGGUAAGAAGGAUCCAAUGCUCCCCCAGAUGUUCUACCCUAUAGAGACGGAGAUGACGGUACGGAAGGGGGACACUAUUGCAGCGAGGUGCACCAUGGUCAACAACAGAGACAGGACAGUAUAUAUCGGGACUACAAACGAGGAUGAAAUGUGUAAUUUCUACAUGAUGUACUGGGUUGAAGGAAAACAACCAGUCACUCCUAACACAUGCUUUACAAGGGGCCCACCAACCUGGUCCUGGGGAGGAUGGUUUGGAGGAGGUCUCUCUAAUAUUCCUGAUCUUGAAGCUUCAACUCUUUAAACCAAAAAUUAUAUUAAAUCAUUUUUUCUCCUUUCCCAGGAUAUCCUCCAUUUAUUUUAUUUGGUUUUUAUCUCGUUCUAUUCAACACACAAAAAAAUCUACUUUUUUGUUUUCUUAUUUGUCAGAAAAGAUCUUAAACCUAAAAAAUAUCCUGUAAUCCUGUACUUGUCUUGAAACAUAUUCAUUAUAUUAUAAAAAUAAAUCAUUAUAUUCUCCCAUA